GCAUGAUCAGCUGCCCUAUCCGGUAGAAGGUCUUCCGAGUUCCAACAACGACAGGGCUCAUUCUGAUCAUGAAAUGCUUAAUGGGCUUCCUGGAUCCGACGUUAACAAAACUCACGGCAUCCUCAUGCAAUUUAAACUUCUGGUUAAGAAAUCAAACGUGCGUGACCACGGCACUGGAAGAAAUGUGGAUCAAGGGCGGAGUCAGGAUGCGCUCCAUGGGCAAGGCAGCGCGCGCAAUUCUGCUGUUUCUGCUAGUCCAGUGCGGUGUCCUAUGGCUUUUGUUGAUCGUGGGCUUCCCCGUUGAAGUGCACUUUUUCCUUGGGAGGUUGAGCCAUUCCAAGAUUCAGAGACAUGGCGCUCAGCUCUCGGCGAUCCAGCUGCCCCAGAGCCGAUUGGCGUUGGCGAGAGACGGCAUUGUCAACCGGCAAGGGCUUCACUUCCUGCAAAUCCAAAGCGGGUGGCUGUUGGUAGAGGAGACCAGCGUCAGUCUGGUCUACACAGCAAACACCUCGUUCCAGCUCACAGGACCCUUCAAAGAUGCGCCGUCCCUGCGGGAAAUUGACCCCUCAAAGGACGCGGACGCGCGGUCCGCGGCCUUCGCCAGCUGGCAGGCCCGGAGCGCCGCUCAGCGGACGGAGCGCCUCCUGUUCAUCGUUGAUGGGGACACGGAAAGCAACCUGUUCCACCAGGUUGCAAAGAACCUGCUAACGCCGCUAGCGGCGGCAAUGCAGGCUUGGGGUGGCGACGCCCUGAAGGUGGAGGACCUUGUCCUAGCUCUGCCAGAUCAAAAAGUGGGGGCAGCCAUGGCGCACUUCUCCUUACACGCGCCGUUCUUUGGGAAGACUGUCUGGCCGGGCAAAUUUGCAUUGGGCAUGGGCCUAGGUUACCACUAUUUUGAAGACGUUGUAGUCACGCCGAGGGGAGUUGAUUUCUGGAACAGACUCGAUACACGUAGCCGGGACGCGCAGGCUCUGAGGAGAGUCGCUGACUUCAUACGGGGGCAAUUCCUGCAACAUUUUGGAAUUGUGGAGGAGCCGGGGGGGGACGCGAUGCACCCGGUCGCAAUCAAGUACAUCAGCAGAGGCAACUAUCCGCCCCAUUUGCAAGCCAUCCGAGUGGCCGACACUCAUCCUGUGCUGAUCAACGUCACCAGCGCUCCCGAGACAGAGCCGGAGAUGGGGUACAACCCGAGUGCGGCGGGGCGGCAGGUAUAUAAUGAAGAGGACGUUUUAAAGAAUGAGGAUAGGUGUUACGACAGACAUUGGGUGAAACGUGACCAGUUCAUGGUGAUUAGUGGAAGGAGUAGCCCUUACGAUGUCGACGUUCCAAAUCUUUUGGAGGCAACUAGAGUAGGAAUAAGGAUGGCCAAAGUGGCUGGGGCUAGGCUGUGGUUUGAGUGCCUAGACUAUAUGCUGAUGCGCAAUGAAAGUGGUUCAAGGUGGGAGAGGUUGCCCCCGUAUGCUUGUAAGACGGCUUUUUUCAGGGACACCGCUAUGUUGGUGAACGUCAGCGAUCACAGUAUCCCUUACAAGCCAUACGACAGAAUAUCAAGACUUUAA